GCGGGGCCAGCCCCGCUGAGCUCCGCCAGCUCCCGGAGAGGCUCGCGCCCGACGCGAGGCGCAUCUCGCACUGCAGCUGCUGCAGCUGCAGCAGCGGUGGUUGCGCUGUGGCCCGGGCCAGGAGCUGGUGACCCAGUUGUCCCACAGCCUGCGCUGGGGCCGCUCUGCUUCGCUCUGCUGCACGACAAGCUCCGCGCCCUGCUGCUGCGUCCAGGCUGUGCCCAGAGAUGGGCCAAAACCAACUUGAAGCAAAGGAGAAUAUGGUACUUUAUGCGGCACAGCAACAUCAAGGAGAACUGCUAGAAAAUGUUGAGAUGGUGCAAAACCAAGAUCAUGACUAUUUAGGCCCUCAGAACAAUGUUCAUGGGGCACUUCUUCAAGAGGCUCAACAAAUAGCACCAAACAUUGGUAUUAUCCACGUGAAUGGGGGUGCUAAUGACAACAAUGAGGCAGGGGCUGCGAAUCAUGCAGAACCUCAAGAACUUGCCGACCCCAACGUAAUCAUUGAAGAGCACCAUUUUGCUGAAAAUCCCAUGAAUAUGGAUCAGCAUUUAAAUGCUUCUCCUCAGCAGGGUGGGGUUGUGAGGAACAUGUUUGGAGUAGGCUACAAUCUUGAAGACAUUUUUGGAAAUGAAGAAGUUCCACUGAUACCAGAAGAAAUUAUCCCGGAGGAAAUUGUAACUACCAAUGAAAUGGAAUAUCAGAAUGAGACUCCUGAAUCACUAGAUGAUAAUUACAACCCAGGUCAUGUACUGAAUGCAGCACUCAACGCUCUAAUGAAUGCCAACCGAAGAGAUGAUCUCUUUGAAAAAUUAUCAGAUCGUAUUACUUUUAACUUGCCCCAUUUGACAGUCACACAGCGUUUGAAACUUGAAGAACUCAAAAACCAAUAUAGUAAUAUCAGAGCACUUUUUCAGAGCAAACCUGAGCGGGAGCAAGAGGUUUAUAGCUGUAUUAAAUGUAACAAAACUGUUCAGGGUCUUACAGCUUUGAAGAAUCACAGUUGUUGCUGCAUUGGAUUCAAUGCUACACCUCUUUGGAUGAAGGGAAAGCAUGUCUACUUUCAUCGUCCGUCUAACAAAAAGCCACACCCUCCUCUGAGUGGUAAAACUAAAUGUCCUUUGUGCAGAAGAGUUUACCCAUCAGCAAUCCUCUUAAAAGCGCACAUGCGUACAUAUGGUAUCAAUUUUUGUCCAAUUCUUGGUUGUGGGAAGCAGUUUGCAACUUUUAGCAAACAUAAUAUUCACUUGGGCAGUAAACAUUCUUUAAAUAUUGAUUUUGUGUUGUACAAGUGCCCUGCGUGUAGUCAACGCUUUCCAACAAUAGAAAGACUCACUGCCCACUGUUUUACUCAUAUAAAGAAGAAAUAUCACUGUCCACACUCACCAUGUACUGAGGUGUUUUCAAGUCUGAAGAUGAUGAUCACUCAUCUUAAAACUCAUCAUCCCUACAUCUGUGAAGCUUGUAAAAUAGUGUUUGAUGAUCUACUUAGCUACAUUUGCCAUCGGAGAAGUCAUUCACCAUUCCAUUGCAAUUUGUGUGACAAGAAGUUUGUGUCAUAUUUCCAUUUUAAGAAACACAGAAGAAUUUGCAAAUCUAUAAAGAAGAGAGAUCACUGUAUUUUGGAAUCACGUACAAGAAGCAAUGAAAUGUACCACUCCUUAGUUGAAGGAGUGCCCUUGGAAAAUCAACAUCAAAUUUCAUCAGCAGAGUGUGUUGUAUGCUUCUACAUAUCUAAUAAUCCCUGCUCUGUAAUUGUUGGGAGCUGCUUGAAUGGGCAGCACAGUGCAUCAGCUGGCUAGCACUAAAUUACCGGGGGCUUCAAGCACAAGAUUGCAGAAGAAAACCUCGGUUGUUGACUUGAACUCUCUGUGAACCUUUGGUUGUGAGUGAAAAGACUAAUGUGGGAACUUCCUUUUCAUGUUUAAAAUUUACAUUAACACUGAAAGAACUGUAAAAGAAAAAGGGAUUUACAAAUGGUUGUAUUUCAAUCAACUGUAAUCUAAAAAUAUCGUCAUGACUAAAUAGGUACUGUAUUUGUUUGUGAUCUGAUCUCCAUCAGCGUUCUUAAUAUCAUUCAUCUAUGAUGACAUGUCAUCAUUGAAAGACCCACCAAAUUUGAUUUAUGGAACUUCCUUAUAUUUUUUUUAAGGCUUUUCUGUUGUUCUUUGGCACUUUUUCUCUUUGCAGAAAAGUGCUGCAAAUAUUUUAUGUGGUUUAUUAUUAGUUCUAAAGAAUAAAUUGGUGACAAUUCUUCAA